AUGGAAUCAUCAACAGUCACGAUAAAAUCAUCCCCGAUGCCGGCCACGACGAAAACAACGCGCAAUGGCUCUGGGAACCCUCCUGCAGGCCUCGGUGUUCUUCAAAGGCAGCGCUCGACGACAGUCGGCUCGUCCAUCCCCGUGUCUUCAGCAGACAAUGCCGGCCGAAAGAAGAGUCUACUUCCUCAACGACGCACCGUGGCCGAUUUGAAGAAAGCGCAAGGACGAGCGUUGCCAGAGCCGCCUCGAGCAGAUCCCCAGGAUGUCAAAGAAGCGCCGUCACCACCGCGAGUCGUAACCAGAUCAAAAUCCCCCGUCAAGCCACAGCAAAAUGACUCCAAAUCCACCGCAAGUGUUGCUACGAAGAAAACGGCCAUGCCGCCUCCAGCCCGACCAACAAGGUCCGCGUCUCUCCGUCAACAAUCGACACCAAAACUAGUUGGCUCUGCGGACGGAAAGGGGCAUACUAGGCAUCGCAGUCAGAUUCUGAGCACUGCUCGCACAACCACAGGGACAGGGACGCCGCCGCUGUUACCGACUGCUUCGCGCCAACCAGAGAAACCGGGCGUUGCCAAGCAGCCGCGCCCUCAGUUCACGACCUACCAACAACACUACAGUCUGAAGAAGGAGAAGGAAGCGCCGCGGACUACCGAACGGAGAGUUGGCAAGCCUACUGAAAGCAAUGUGACGACAGCAGCAGCAGCAGCACGGCCAGAGAUUGCAGCUCUACAGACGGAGUUAUUACAGCUCUGCCUUCUUUAUUCGUCAUCAUUACAACAGGAUAAAGAAUGGAAAUCUGCUGCUGAAAAUCAAUUGAAAGAAAAACACCAUUCUGUAGCGGCGGCGUACAGGGCCCUUUCAGACGAGGAAAGAUAUAUACAAGAACGGCUGAAUUUCAAGGCUCUAUACGACUGGUCAGUUGAUUCGGCCACCGUAGCAGAGAUUGAUGAUGGAAACAAUUUUCAAGCGCAAAUUCAGAGCUUCUCCCGCGUGACCCAGGAAGUUGCAGGCAUGACCACGGACGCGACUGGUCGAUAUACGUCGGCUAUUCAAGCCUUUGAAGAGUGGCUUGCCGAGGUCGAAAGCGUCAGAGAAAGUCGCGAUAACUUGUCCACGUCUGCUACUAACUUAGAGGAAGAAGACCCACGAUACAUUGACACGCUAGGCCGAGUAUGGAGAGAUGAAGUCGACGAUCUGAGCAUCAAAGCCGAACUUUGUCUGCGAGAGCUAGCAAAGAUGACAAUCUUUGCCAUUAAUGAGGACGACUUUUGUCGGAAACAUAGUAGCUCGGCCUUGGUAAAGAUUGCGCAGCAACAGCGCGAGAUUCUAAGAUUGAUGGUUGAUGAAUUGAAAGCAAUGCGCACAAUCGAGCUUGAAACUGUCAGUUUGGAGAAAUCCUGGCUUGCGCAAGCAGCAGACCAGGUUACGGCAGACUAUCGACUGGGGAAGAAUUCUUCGGCCUGUUCUGUGGGAGCCUGGAAGGCUAUCUAG